AUUCAUAUUCGUUUUCAUACAGGCUCCAAAGGAUGAUUUAUCAACGGAUCCGCCGUGCCAUUCUCGAGCAUGUGCUAUCCAGGACUGCCUAGCCAAGAACUCUUACAAUGAAGCCAAGUGCAGAUCACAGGUUGAUGCCUUGUACGAAUGUUGCAACCGGUUCUACGAAAGAUUUGGCGAUGAUGCACAGAGUGCAAGUUGCCCGAAGCCGAAUCUGCUGAGGCUGAAGAUGAAGCAAAGGGCGGAAGAGGUUGGCUCUAAGUGAGCUGGCAACAGAUCACCUGGAAAUCCACAAUGUUGCCAGAUCCAUGUACAUAGCCUUUUCUUCCUCGUCACUGGGCGCAAAUUUCCCAGUCAGACUCCUCUUACUCUACUUAAUGUAUCCCAGAUUUCCUCAGCUAGGUAGAGAUCAUCUAUGUAAGCUAGGUAGAGAUCAUCUAUGUAUACCUAUAUGUGGUACCUAUCUUGUAACCCUUCAAGUUUACUGCCCACCCUCAAGCCGGUUAAGGUCAGGGGACAUGAACAGGAAGAGUGUUUUCUCUUGGCGAUCAUGAGCGCGCAGAGAGAUCCGAUGGACCUGAACAAGCAAUGAUGGUUACUCCAUAGAGGAGGCUUAUUCCGAGACUCUAAUUAGAUGGCCGAUGACAUUAUGU